CUAACGAUAAAAAUCCCUGUACAGAGAAGAAAUUUCUGGCCUGCGUUAAAUAAAAUUUCUUAUUCAAGUCAACAAACCUUUCAAGCACUCAUAAUUUAUGUAUCUCUAUCUUUGAACAAACUUUCCUUAAUGUCACUUGGCUUAUCUCCAGUUGCUUCCCCACUGCCCCCCCAACAACCAAACCAAACUUUUAAUUCAUUUCAUUUCUAUCAAACAAUUUCUCUUCCCCUAAAAAAAAAAAAAAUGAAGUCCUGGCUUUUCUUCUCAUCCUCUUUUGCCUUCUUUGUUUUCAUCAACAUUCCUUCAGCCUCAAGCUUUGAUGGGUACACAAGUUGUAGCAACAAGUUCAACUGUGGAGAGAUCACAAACGUUGGUUUUCCUUUCUGGGGAUACGGCAGGCCAGAGAGUUGUGGCUAUCCAGGACUGAAUCUCACAUGUUCCGAGAAUGUCACCACUAUAGGGAUUGUGGGGGUCCAAUACAGAGUGUUGAAGAUAAACCAAGAAGCUGAAGAAACACUCACACUUGUGAGAGAUGACUAUUAUGACAAAAUUUGUUCUCCAAAGUUUGGGGACACCAAACUGAAUUCCAAUUUCGACUAUGUUUCAGGCUCUGUCGAUGUUAAAUUACUGUAUGACUGUACUUCUAGCUCACAAGGUGGCUUCAGUUGCCCCAAGGGUGAAACUUAUGGUGAUGUGGCCGCCGUACUUGCAGCUUUUCCGGUGCCUCCCAUGUGUAAAUCAAAGGUGAUUCGGAUUCAGGACGCAACGGGUCUUGGACUAUUUAGUUUUGAGAAUGUAACAGAACUUGAACAGGCAGUUAGAGAAGGAUUUGAGGUGAAGUAUAAGGUGGACAGUGCAAAAUGUGAUGAGUGUGUUGGUACAAAGGGUGUUUGUGGUUAUGAUUGGGGUUUGAGUGAGACUGUUUGCCAUUGCCCGAAUCGAAGUUCUGCAUCCCGGAAUUGUUCUGCCACAGCAGAGGCCAUAGACAAUCCAGUUUUGCCAUCAGCUAAAGUGUUCAACAUGACUUCAUUUUGUCCCAUGGACUUGUGUGCAAGAGGACUGCAUAAAUUUUGAGAAUAUUUCGCAUAGUUUAUUGUCAACUGUCUAAAGUUAGCAUAGUAUACAAGGAUUUUUUAACAACAAUUUUAAUCCUUUGGCAAAGAUAGAAAUAUAAUUAUAUUUAAGAAUGAUUUUGAUGGAUUGCCUUUUCUUUGGACUAUAUGAGACUUUUUCUCAUUUACAAUAAAGGGUGGAUGAAACAGAAGUGUGGAGAGAUAAUUAAAUGUUAAUGUUC